UCCCCCCUUUUUUCUAGUGUGACAGCUGUUUCUGUAGAAUGAGGGAGAGGGAGGGAGAUACUACUUCCGGGUCACACAGAAGAAAAUAAACAGCUAGUUAGUUUAGAGCUAAUGCUGCUGUUCUGGAAAUGAAUAUGACCCAGACGGUAGCGACGCGAUAAGGCACGUUUUCUCACUUGAACCGGUCGUCUGAAGCUUCUGCCUGAGCUCAUAUAUCCACUGAGAAACAUGACAGAGCCACACAACCCAGGGAUGUCCUCUCUCCCUCAGACAGCCCCUGUGCACACUGACUCCACCUCUCCAGCUGUAGAGAUGGACCCAGUGGAGUACACCCUUAGGAAGCGCCUCCCCCGGAAACUCCCAAAGAGACGGAACGACGUCUACGUCAACAUGAAGACUGAUUUCCGUGCUCAGCUGGCACGCUGCCAGAAGCUGCUGGAAGGUGGGGGUCACAGGGAGAUCUGUGUCCACGGCCUGGGACUGGCCAUCAACAGGGCUAUUAACAUCGCCCUCCAGCUGCAGGCCAGCAGCCAGGGGGCGCUGCAGCUGGCUGCCAAUACCUCCACAGUGGAGCUGGUGGACGACCUGGAGCCUGAAGAUCCUGAUGAGGCUGGGGAGCCCAUGACACGUACACGCAACAACUCAGCCAUUCAUAUCAAGGUUUUCUACCCUGACCCUCAGUGACCUGUAGAGAAGUGUGUCAGGCAGAGGUUCUCCAGGAGUCUUUUUGGUUCCAUCAUAAGCCAGUAGACAGGUAAAACAUUGUUGUCUGGUGGGACAGUGUGUGUGGAGAUCUAUUAUGACAGCAAAGGACUGAAAAGUGGAGCAGACAACAUACAGUGUAUUGACUCAUCAGUAAACCAUGUUGGAAUACUCAAAUUGGGACAACCUUAGCUGACUAAAUGUAUUAAGAUAGUGUUGUUCACUUUGCAUGUGUUGAGUGGUGUUUGCCAGGUGAAACCUCAGUAUAAUUUAUUUUUAGAAAUGGCUGUGCCAAGUUGAAUGUACAAGUGUCUUUGAUUUAAAGGCCCAGCUAAGGGUCUUUGCAAGUGUUGACAUUUUUAUGUCUUGUGUUUUUAAAGAUACAAAUACUAAGAAAAACUGAGGAAUCCUUUGUUUACGUUUCAAGCAGGUGUUGUUGUAGUAAAUGUCCACUAGAUGUCAGUAGUCUAUUUAAAUUUGGUUUCAGAUUGAGUUGCUGGCGUUCAUGUUCAAGAUGAAUAUGUGGUAGACAGUAUUGAGGAAGUCUGUUUGAUUUCUUGAGAAAAAAUAAAUAAAUAUAAUUGACUGUAAUGUAUCUUUAACUCCACUUAUAUUAAUUCCUACAUCAUGGGCAAUAAAAUUGGAUCAAAUUGA